AUGAAUAACCUGGCUAUGCUUCGACAGAUAAAUCAAUGUUUGCUGAUGCACGUAAACACCCUCUUGACUUUUCCAGUGUAUGAUCCUCAGAAUAUAAAAGAAGAUAUCGAUCUGUUUUCCGCAAAAGUCAAAUCCAUAGUUGCUAGCGAGAAUCUUUCAUCUGAGGAUCGGGAGUUAAUCAGCAGUAUUAAUGACUACUCGAAAUUGAUAUACUGCAUUUUGUCGGAACGUAUCGCACUUCAAGAAGGACCUUCUCACAUUUAUGAGGAAGUUGACGAGAGUCAUCAACAGGUGACUGGCACCGGAGUCGAAACGACAGAGGAGUCUGAGGCCGAUAAGAAAAGCAAUCGUCGGUUGAUAAAGAAGCAAUUGGACAUUUUGGAAAAAUGGUAUCUUGAGAAUUUGCGACAUCCUUAUCUCACUAGAGAAUCGAUACAAGAGUUGAUGACAGCAACAUCUCUUUCCAAAUGUCAAGUGCAGAACUGGUAUGUAUUUUUUUGA